UUAAAGUUUAAUAAUAAAACUUUAUACAAAAUUUAUAGUAAUAAAUUUGUAUUCAUUUAAAUACAUCUGCAUAUUUUUCAGAUUCAGAAGGCUUGACUGCACAAAUCAUUAUUGAUGCCAACAAUGCUGCCUGAGGGAUGAUCCAAUGGCAGCACAGCAGAUUUGAAGUAAAUGAAACCCUUGAAAGUGUAAUAUUGGUAGCUCACGGGAGUGAAGGGGCUCUUGGCCAUGUGUCCUUGUUUGUGUACACCCAGAAUUUGGAAGCACAACUGGGGCUGGAUUACAUCUUCACCCCAGUGAUUCUUCAUUUUUCUGAUGGAGAAAGACAUAAAAAUAUAGAAAUCAUGAUUCUUGAUGAUUACAUUCCAGAAGGAGAUAAAAAAUUUUAGCUCAUUUUAACAAAUCCUUCUCCUGGACUGGAACUGGGGAAACAGACAAUAGGUAUUUGACAAUUUCUUCUCACCUCUUUCUCGUGCUGGUUUCCCUAAUAUGGGGGAAAGGCAGAUUAGAGAGACUUGAUGAUUUCUACUUAGAAUAAAAAAACCAUUU